GCUAAAAGCUCACAGAGAUCGAAGAACGGAUACGCCAUACGCGAUACGAGAUAAACGAUGACUGAAAAACGUAAAAGAUCCCAAUCUCCUGAUCAUGCUGAAUCUUCUCAAACGAUCACACGUAAACUACCCCCCAUAGUGGGUCAUGACGACACGACUCCUAAGGAUCAAGCCAGCACGGGUGAGGAGAAGAGGGUGAAGAAGAAGAAAGUGAAAAUGACACCUGGGAUAGUUUAUAUAUCUAGGGUACCACCUGGUAUGACGCCUCAAAAAAUAAGACAUUUAAUGUCGAAAUGGGGAGAGGUUGGGAAGGUUUAUGCUCAACCUAGGGAUGUCACGACAAAUGGUAAAUCAAUUAAGAAAAAACAUACACCUGCGAAUUACACAGAAGCAUGGGUCGAAUUCUUAGAUAAAUCAAUUGGUAAAACAGCUGCCAAGGUAUUGAACGCUCAGGUGAUCGGAGGGAAACCAGGAGAUAGAUGGAGAGAAGAUGUAUGGACUAUGAAAUAUUUAAGUGGUUUUAAAUGGGAAAUGUUAGGUGAACAAGUUGCAUACGAACGUCAAUCUCAUCAAGCAAGAUUAAGGAAUGAAAUAUCUAAAUCUCGUGUUGAACAAAGUGAAUAUCUUCGGAAUGUCGAACUUGCCAGAGUAUUGGAUAAACGGAAAAAUAUCAAGGAUUCCAAGAGUAUCGUCGAAGACAAUUCAACAUCCUUUUCAUCACAAGUCGAUAUGGUCGGAACGAAAGAUGACGUUAAAGUCAGAGGGGAGAAAAAUGUUGGGAAGGGAGAAGGAAAAGUAGAUAAGAAGGGAAAAAGGUAUGAAGGAGAAGGGAUGGAGAGAAUAAGUAAAUUGGAAAAAGGUGAAAAGGUAGGAAAGAAAUAUAAACAACGUACUGUUGUUUAUAAUAAACCUAUUAGAGAUGGGAUGGAAGGUGUUCUUGAUAAUUUAUUUGGAUGAUCAUUGGUAUCGUUCUUCAUGCAUUUAACUUCAUUAUGAUUCC